UCCGGCAUUGCCAAUCCUCCUGGCUACUUAGUUGUUGGUGUGCGAACAAUCAAAGCUGAGUGCAAGAGUUGGUUCUCCAAAGACCUGCAACAACUACGACAUAAUCUACAAACAAAUCAACACGCGCUCGCACGCACACACGCAGCUAGUUCACCAACACAAAGAAUUGGCGGUAAGGACGUUAAUUAAUCACAAGUUUGCGGUAGUCAAUUGUCAGCAAUAAGCGAGCAAUACCACUGCCAUACACACACACACACACACACACAAAAAUAUACACUUACACUCCCACUAGCCGAGAAGAGAGGCUUAGCUGAGUAUCAAAAAUUGGCUAACUCCAGCUGACAGGAACACAACACACAAAGCGUGUGUCAUUGAUGACGUGAGCUUAUCAGCAGCGCUUGCCACGUCAACAUAGCCGGCAAGCGAGCGCCUGCUGCUGACAUCAUUGUAAGCGCAGCAGGUAAUUAACGAACAACCACCGGCCAGGAGAGAGUUCAAAGCUGAAAGUCCCAUCUGCUGCGGCGCACAUCCGCAAACGCAUUGCGUGCACCGCCCGCAACCACUAUAUAUGUACACAACACACGACAUGCUAAGCCACAUAAAUAACAGUAUAGCGAGUUGUUGUCAUAGCAACUACAAAAUGCACAGCCAGCGUGAUCAAGAAACGUGCGAAAGCACAAGCACAAAGCAAAGCAAUCACACGCCACCGACGGCGCCGCAAAGACCACGCUACCCGCGCUACCACCGCAGCGCGAGCCUCUCCGCAUUUAUGCUGCUUAUCACACAAUCGCUACUCCUGCUGCUGCUUAUCGAUAGCAUUGCGCCUACAGCUGGUAACCCCGAUUGGAUGCAACGCUGCAGCAUGUGCCAUUGCAAUUGGAAUUCGGGUAAGAAAACAGCUGAUUGCAAAGCGCGCUCCCUCACCGCCAUACCCGACGACCUGAGCAACGAGAUGCAAGUGGUCGAUUUCUCGAAUAAUAUAAUACCCGAGUUGCGGCGUGAUGAGUUCGCGGAUGCGAAUUUGCAGAAUUUACAUAAAAUCUUCCUGCGCAAUUGCACCAUACAAGAAUUGAAUCGCGAUGCACUCAAAGGUCUCACCAUACUCAUCGAGCUGGACAUGUCGCACAAUUUCAUACGCGAGCUGCAUGUUGGCACUUUCGGCGGGCUGGAAAAGCUGCGCAAUCUCGUCAUGAAUCAUAAUGAGAUCGAGGUGCUGGAGAGUUAUCUCUUUGUAGAUUUGCAUUUUUUGUCGCGCGUCGAAUUUAAGAACAAUCGCCUCAAGACGGUUGAAGUUCAUGCGUUCGGUCAACAGCCUAUGCUUUCGGCUAUCUACCUGGAGGCGAAUGCAUUGUCUGUGCUACGCAAGGAGACCUUUGCGCGCAUACCCAAACUGAUGCAUUUAUCGUUGGCGCAAAACCCCUGGAAUUGCACGUGCGAACUGCAAGCCUUUCGCGACUUCGCGCUCGCCAAUCGCCUCUACACACCGCCUACAGAUUGCGCACAACCACCGGCGUUACGCGGCAGGCUUUGGACUGACAUACCGUCGGAGAAUUUUGCUUGCUAUCCGCGCAUACUUGGUUCGGUACGUUCAUUCGUCGAAGUGCAAUCGGAUAAUAUAACGUUGCCAUGUCGUGUCGAAGGCUCACCGCGGCCCAAUGUCACUUGGAUUUACAAUCGGCGCGUCGUUAAUCCAAAUGACCAACGUUUCCGCAUACUGAAUUCCAUCGAGCAGCAGCCACUCAUCAGCUCUGACCCGACGGAGUCGAUCACUUCCGAGUUGCGCAUCUUCAACGUACGCGCGAGCGAUAAAGGUAUGUACACCUGUAUUGCGGAGAAUCGAGGCGGCAAAGCGGAGGCUGAAUUCCAGCUGAUUGUCGAUGGCGACUUCUUUGGUGCACUCGAGGGCAUGGGCGGUGGCAUCGGCGCUUCCACCACAGAUACACAAUCGAAUUUUCUACUUGUCAUCUGUCUGAUCGUCAUCACAGUGUUACUGCUGCUCAUGUGUGUGUUGCUCAUUGCCUGCUGGUAUUGUCGACGUGUACGUUCCUAUCAGAAAGAUACGACAAUGAUGAGUGAAAAUGGGCUAAUAUCAACGAAAAUGGAUAAAACCAAUAGUUCAAUGCUUGAGGGAUCGGUGAUUAUGGAAAUGCAGAAAAGUCUACUAACUGAAGUGAAUCCGGUUGAAAAGCCACCACGACGCACCGAACUGGAAAAUGUAGAUGGGAGCGAUGAGGGACAUGAAAUCAAAAAGACGCUACUGGAUGAAUCACAAUUUGGCAAUCACCCACGCGACGAUGAAACCCACUCGGUCGCUCUAUCGGAUACCACAGUGCCUCGUGUGCGCCAUACCUACAUCGAUGACACCUACGGCACCAGCUUGCCACCCGAUCUACUCGCCUUCCCCGCUCGCGUGCCGCCAACUUCACCUUCCAUGCAGUCAUCGCACAGCAACAUACCCGAACAAAUUAUCUACGGCAUACGUUCGCCACCGCUUACCAGCCCCGUUUAUGCGCAUAUGACGCCGCAUGGCAUCUACGGCACCACGACCAUCGCCGCCGCCACACCGAACGGUUUCAUGACACUGCAGCAUCCGAAGUCGCGCAAUUUGGCAUUGAUCGCCGCGGCUAACAGUCGUCAGCAGCAACAGCAACAACAGCAGCAGCAACAUGUACACCUAGCCCACCUAGCGCCGCAACAUGGCGCACAACAACAGCAAUCACCCUUCCUGCCAGCACCUGUUAUGUACUCACCAACCACAGCGGUGGUGAUGAAGCAAGGCUACAUGACGAUACCACGCAAACCACGCGUACCCAGCUGGGCGCCAUCUACUUCCACCACAAAUCAGACACAGCUAAGCGAAUUCCAGUCGCCCACAUCGCCAAAUCCGAGCGAAACUGGCACCGCCACGACAGCUGAACUGCAACCGGAACCAGUCUACGACAAUCUUGGACUGCGCACAACUGCCGCUGGUAAUUCGACGCUGAACUUGCACAAAGUACAUCCGGAAGUAAGUAGCUGCGCCUCCACAUCCUCACGCUACACAAUGCGCGAUCGCCCACUGCCGGCCACGCCGAGUCUAACGUCGGUGGCGUCGAGUACAGCGGCCAUGCAGCAGCAGCAGCAGCAGCAGCAACAACAGGCACAACAAGUGCAACAACAGCAGCUACAGCAACAGUCGCAACAACAACAAGCUGUACCCAGCACUUCAGCAGCAGCGGCGGCGGCGGCGGCAGCAGCAUCAGCAGCAACGGCUUCAAAAAUUUACGAACCCAUACAUGAGCUGGUGAAUAAUAAUCAUCACCUGACGACGACCUCCGACACAGAGCCGCUUUAUGGCACUGCGCGACAUCACAACGGUCUCACCAUUGUGCCGAGUGUCAACAAUGUUAAUAGUGGUGGCAGCAGCGUUGGUGCCUCGAAUACAACUGCAGGCGCGAAUGCGUCUACGGGCGAGCCUACGAAAGUGGCGAAAAUACCGCCACGUCCACCACCGAAGCCCAAGAAGAAGAUGUCCGUGACGGCGACACGCGGCGGCCAAGGUAGUACCAGCCAGCUGUUCGAUGAUGAGGGCGAGGAUGGCACAGAGGUUUAGUUGCAAGUACACGAAGGCGGCGGUGGCGACGGCAACGACUGCGACUGCGAUGGCACGAACGCCAGCUAAAACUCCUUCAAACUAAAAAUGGCUGAAUGGUAACUAAAAUUUAAGGCAUUUCGUGGGCAAAAGUUAUGUGCAUCCAGUAGUGCGAAAAGCAGAAAAGCAAAAUAAUAGAAAAAUGUGCGAAAGUGUAUAUAUAUAGUGUGGUAUGUAUGUAUGCAGGUGGUAUUACUGUGUACUCAUACUACAUAUAUACAUGCUUAUGGAGAUGAAUAGGUAUGCCAGCAGUAGUUAGUUGGGGGGAAAAAAUCAAAAUAACAAACAGCAAAAGGUGGCGAUUGCUUCGCCGUCCCUCUCUGAAAGGGCGCGUAUUUCUGAAAAAUAUAUGUAUGAAAUGGCAUUUUUGUGGUAAUCAAAAACUCUGCGGUGCUUUGGCUGCAAAUGAGGCGGCAUAUACAUGCAUACCUAUGGCUGUGGGCGUGGUGGCGUAUUUUAAGACUUUAUUUUAUGCAAAGUUUAUAUUUUUUUAAUUGAUAAUUGUAAAGGCAACGAUUCGUGGUCGACUUUUACGGAUUUAAAAACACAAUGCAGAAUGCAGCUAGAUGUUUGGGGUAUAUUUUUUGCAUCAAAAAGAAAAUUAUGUGAAAAAUUUCGCCUACGUUUUUUGUGGUGGUUAGGGCUCGAUAUAGGUCUACUCGUGAGGGGAUGUCCAUUUUUUACCAAAUUUCAUUAAACCAACUUAAGCUUUAACGACACCGCGUCGCAAUCAAGGUUUUUAUUUCAUUUUUCACAUUGUGGUCUUUUAAGUUCUAGCAGCGCUAAGUUAAUAUGAGUUUUAUGAUUUGAAAAAAAAUUUAUUCACAAAAACUUUCUAAAUUAUUUAAAGACUGUCCUUGAAAGGAAUUAAAAAAAGUUAAAGCGCUUUACAGUAGCGAUAAUAGUAAAAAAAAUCUCUAAUUUACAGAUAUCGUAUGGACUAGGGUGGUUUUUAACAUAUUAACCUCAUAAGCACCCCUUUUAUUUUAUUCUACUUACAAAAUAAUGACAUGCAAAAUAAAGUGUUAGGGGUAGCUACCAGGGUUUUUAAAAAUUUAAUAUUUUUAAUUACAAAAGUUCGACAAAAGUCACGACUUUGCCCAACUAUAACUCAUAUACAUUUUUUUCCUUAAUAAGUUUCAAUAAUAUGUCAAACUUAUGAGACUUCAAGUAGAAAUUAAAAAUUUUUCAAACCCUGGUAGCCACCCCUAAAAGUCGUUUUUAAAUUUUUAAAUUUACAUGGAUGUCUCAUUUUGUACGCAGAAAAUGAAAGGCCCGCAAAUUUGCCCGUAUAAUCAUCAAUUAAGACAUAAACAAAAGACAAAAAGUUAAGCACAGUAUCAAAAAAAAAACACUGAAAAAAUUUCGAAGAAAUUUUCUUGUGUCAAAAUUCCUUAAGACAGAAGGGAGUUCUUAAGAUAUUUGCUAUGGUUUUCUAAAGUUUUUUGUGUACAUAGAGCACAGUGGAAUCCGGGUUUGCAAUAUAAAUAUA